AUGCCCCUCAAACUCCACCUCCGCCCAGCCACCCCCGCCGAUGUCCCCCGCAUGAUAGAAAUCUUCAUCGCCGCCUUCUCCCCCGGCCCCUGGAGCGCCCUCCUCUUCCCUCCCAACCAGCGCACCCGUCCCGGCCAGGCCGACGAGACCGAAUGGCGCGUGCGGGUGUUCCGCGCCCAGCUAGAGAAGCCGGGACACCAUCAUGUCCUGGCGGUCCAACAGCAAGGGGAGCAAGACAGCAAGCAAGAGGUCGUCGUGGGCUGGGCGAACUGGCUGGACACCGCGCGGGACACGACGGUGGGGAUGACGCCCGAGGAGAAGAGGGCGGAUCUGGAGAAGACCUGGGGGAGUGCCAGUCCGCCGGGCUUGGACAGGACGGCAUGGGAGGAGAUGGGGCGGCAGGGGGAGGUUGUGAAUGAGAUGGCGAGGGAGGCGCUGGGGGUGGAGAGGUUGAAGGAAUCACUUGAACUCCGCUACCUUAUGAUCGACCCAAUCCACCAACGCAAGGGAGCGGGGCGACUUCUCAUGCAGGAAUACCUCGACAGUGCGGCUACAGAGGAAAAAGACGUAUGGCUGCGCGCGACGGCCGACGGUAGGCCAUUAUAUCUCUCCCUCGGGUUCAAGGAGGUGGGGCAAGGGUUGGUCAUGGGGAACCUGCAUUUCGCUAUGGUGAAAAGGGCUGCUGGUGGUGGCGGUCGUGAUGGGGUCUCGUAG